CAAAAUAUUUAGGACUUUUCACUAAAUCAUUACUUUGUUGUUGUUGUUGUUCUUAAAAGCUAAAGUUAUUUUAGAGAAGAGUUAAAUUUUUAUUUCUUUAGUUGAACAUUUUCUAGUAAUAAAAACCAUGCAAAUAGCACUCUUUGCUUGCUUCUUUCUGAGCUUUUUCAAUUUCUGCUCUAGUGCCAUCAGAAGAUACUACCUUGGUGCAGUGGAAUUGUCCUGGAACUAUAUUCAGAGUGAUCUGCUCAAUGUGGUGCAUUCAGACUCAAGAUUUCUUCCUAGAAUGUCAACAUCUUUUCCAUUCAACACCUCCAUCAUGUAUAAAAAGACUGUGUUUGUAGAGUACACGGACCAGCUUUUCAAAAUUGCCAAGCCCAGGCCACCCUGGAUGGGUCUUCUAGGUCCUACCAUUUGGACUGAGGUUCAUGACACUGUGGUCAUUACACUUAAAAACAUGGCUUCUCAUCCUGUCAGUCUUCAUGCUGUUGGUGUGUCCUAUUGGAAAGCUUCUGAGGGAGAUGAAUAUGAGGAUCAGACAAGCCAAAUGGAGAAGGAAGAUGAUAAAGUUUUUCCUGGUGAAAGUCAUACUUAUGUUUGGCAAGUCCUGAAAGAGAAUGGUCCAAUGGCCUCUGACCCUCCAUGUCUCACAUACUCAUAUCUGUCUCAUGUGGAUCUGGUGAAAGAUUUGAAUUCAGGCCUCAUUGGAGCUCUGCUAGUAUGUAAAGAAGGCAGUCUCUCCAAAGAAAGAACACAGAUGUUGUACCAAUUUGUACUACUUUUUGCUGUAUUCGAUGAAGGGAAGAGCUGGCACUCAGAAACAAACGACUCUUAUACACAGUCUAUGGAUUCAGCAUCUGCUGGAGCCUGGCCUAAAAUGCACACAGUAAAUGGCUAUGUAAACAGGUCUCUUCCAGGUCUGAUUGGAUGCCAUAAGAAAUCAGUCUACUGGCACGUGAUUGGAAUGGGCACCACUCCUGAAAUACACUCAAUAUUCCUCGAAGGUCACACAUUUUUUGUGAGGAACCACCGUCAAGCUUCAUUGGAGAUAUCACCAAUAACUUUCCUUACUGCUCAAACACUCUUGAUAGAUCUUGGGCAGUUCCUGCUAUUUUGUCAUAUCUCUUCCCAUAAACAUGAUGGCAUGGAAGCUUAUGUCAAAGUAGAUAGCUGCCCUGAGGAAUCCCAAUGGCCAAAGAAAAACAGUAAUGAGGAAAUGGAAGAUUAUGAUGAUGAUCUUUAUUCAGAAAUGGAUAUGUUCACAUUGGAUUAUGACAGCUCUCCUUUUAUCCAAAUUCGUUCGGCUGCUAAAAAGUACCCUAAAACUUGGAUACAUUAUAUUUCUGCUGAGGAGGAAGACUGGGACUAUGCACCUUCAGUUCCUACCUCCGAUAAUGGAAGUUAUAAAAGCCAGUAUCUGAGCAAUGGUCCUCAUCGGAUUGGUAGGAAAUAUAAAAAAGUUAGAUUUAUAGCAUACACAGAUGAAACCUUUAAGACUCGUGAAACUAUUCAGCAUGAAUCAGGACUCUUGGGACCUUUACUUUAUGGAGAAGUUGGAGACACACUGUUGAUUAUAUUUAAGAAUCAAGCAAGCCGGCCAUAUAACAUUUACCCUCAUGGAAUCACUGAUGUCAGUCCUCUUCAUGCAAGGAGAUUGCCAAGAGGUAUAAAGCAUGUGAAGCAUUUGCCAAUUCAUCCAGGAGAGAUAUUCAAGUACAAGUGGACAGUUACAGUAGAAGAUGGACCAACUAAAUCAGAUCCACGGUGCCUGACCCGCUAUUAUUCAAGUUUCAUUAACCCUGAGAGAGAUCUAGCUUCAGGACUGAUUGGCCCUCUUCUCAUCUGCUACAAAGAAUCUGUAGAUCAAAGGGGAAACCAGAUGAUGUCAGACAAGAGAAAUGUCAUCCUGUUUUCUAUAUUUGAUGAGAACCAAAGCUGGUACAUCACAGAGAACAUGCAACGAUUCCUCCCCAAUGCAGCUAAAACACAGCCCCAGGACCCUGGGUUCCAGGCCUCCAACAUCAUGCACAGCAUCAAUGGCUAUGUUUUUGAUAGCUUGGAGUUGACAGUUUGUUUGCAUGAGGUGGCGUACUGGUACAUUCUCAGUGUUGGAGCACAGACAGACUUCUUAUCUAUCUUCUUCUCUGGAUAUACUUUCAAACACAAAAUGGUCUACGAAGAUACACUUACCCUGUUCCCAUUCUCAGGAGAAACUGUCUUUAUGUCGAUGGAAAAUCCAGGUCUAUGGGUCUUGGGGUGUCAUAAUUCAGACUUUCGGAAGAGAGGUAUGACAGCAUUGCUGAAAGUUUCUAGUUGUGACAAGAGCACUAGUGAUUAUUAUGAAGAAGUAUAUGAAGAUAUUCCAACACAGUUGGUGAAUGAGAACAAUGUCAUUGAUCCCAGAAGCUUCUUCCAGAAUCCAAAUCAUCCUAAUACUAGGAAAAAGAAAUUCAAAGAUACCACAAUUCCAAAAAAUGAUAUGGAGAAGAAUGAGCCUCAGUUUGGAGAGAUAGCAGAGAUGCUUAAAGUACAAAGUGUCUCGGCUAGUGACAUGUUGAUGCUCUUGGGACAGAGUCAUCCUACUCCACAUGGCUUAUUUUUAUCAGAUGGCCAAGAAGCCAUCUAUGAGGCUAUUCAUGAUGAUCAUUCACCCAAUACAGUAGACAGCAAUGAAGGCCCAUCUAAAGUGGCCCAACUCAGGCCAGAAUCCCAUCACAGUGAGAAAAUAGUAUUUACUCCUCAGCCCAGCCUCCAGUUAAGAGCCAAUAAAAGUUUGGAGACAACUAUAGAAGUAAAGUGGAAGAAACUUGGUUUGCAAGUUUCUAGUUUGCCAAGUAAUCUAAUGACCACAACAAUUCUGUCAGAUAAUUUGAAAGCAACUUUUGAAAAGACAAAUUCUUCAGGAUUUCCAGAUAUGCCAGUUCACUCUAGUACUAAAUUAAGUACUACUGCAUUUGGUAAGAAAGCAUAUCCCCUUGUUGGGUCUCAUGUACCUUUACGCAUUAGUGAAGAAAAUAGUGAUUCCAACUUGUUGGAUUCAAUUUUAAUGUAUAGUCAAGAAAGUUUACCAAGAGAUAAUAUAUUAUCAAUGGAGAAUGAUAGAUUACUCAGAGAGAAGAGGUUUCAUGGAAUUGCUUUAUUGACCAAAGAUAAUACUUUAUUCAAAGACAAUGUCUCCUUAAUGAAAACAAACAAGACAUAUAAUCAUUCAACAACUAAUGAAAAACUACACACUGAGAACCCAACAUCAACUGGGAAUAGUACAGCAGACAUGCAAGAUGCCAUAUUAAAGGUCAAUAGUGAGAUUCAAGAAGUAACAGCUUUGAUUCAUGGUGGAACACUUUUAGGGAAAAAUACUACGUAUUUGAGACUAAACCAUAUGCUAAAUAGAACUACCUCAGCAAAAAAUAAAGACAUAUUUCAUAAAAAAGAUGAAGAUCCUGUUCCACAAGAUGAAGAGAUUACAAUCAUGCCACUUUCCAAGAUGCUGUUCUUGUCAGAAUCUGCAAAUUGGUUUAAAAAGACCAAUGGAAAUAAUUCCUUGAACUCUGAGCAAGAACAUAGUCCAAAGCAAUUAGUAUAUUUAAUGCUUAAAAAGUAUGUGAAAAAUCAAAGUUUCUUGUCAGAGAAAAAUAAAGUGAUAGAACAGAAUGGAUUUACAAAGAACAUAGGACUUAAAGACAUGGUUUUUCCACGUAAUAUGAGCAUAUUUCUUACCACUUUGUCUAAGUUACUUGAAAAUGGUGGGCAUAAUCAAGAAAAAAAUAUUCAGGAAGAGAUAGAGAAGGAAGCACUAAUCGAAGAGAAAGUAGUUUUGCCCCAGGUGCACAUAGCAAUUGGCUCUAAGAAUUUCUUGAAAGACAUACUGUUACUAGGCACUAGGCAAAAUAUAAGUUUAUAUGAAGUACAUGAACCAAUACUUCAAAACAUCACAUCAAUAAACAACUCAACAAAUACAGUACAGAUUCACAUGGUGCAUUUCUUUAAAAGAAGGAAGAACAAGGAAACAAAUUCAGAAAGCUUGGUAAAUAAAACCAGAGAAAUGGUAAAAAACUAUCCAAGCCAGAAGAAUAUUAUUACUCAACGUAGUAAACGGGCUUUGGAACAAUUCAGACUGUCAACUCAAUGGCUUAAAACCAUAAACUGUUCAACACAGUGUAUCAUUAAACAGAUAGACCACAGCAAGGAAAUGAAAAUGUUCAUUAUUAAAUCUCCCUUAUCAGAUUCUUCUGUGAUUAAAAGCGCCACUCAGACAAAUAGUUCUGACUCACACAUUUUAAAAACAUCAGCAUUUCCACCAACAGAUCUCAAAAGGAUUCCAUUCCAAAAUAAAUUUUCUCAUGUUCAAGCAUCAUCCUACAUUUAUGACUUUAAGACAAAAAGUUCAAGAAUUCAAGAAAGCAAUCAUUUCUUAAAAGAAACCAAAAUAAAUAACCCUUCUUUAGCCAUUCUACCAUGGAAGAUGUUCAUAGAUCAAGGACAAUUUACUUCCCCAGGAAAAAGUAACACAAACUCAGUCACAUAUAAGAAAGUUGAGAACAUUAUUUUCUUGAAACCAAUUUUGCCUGAAGAAUCUGGCAAAAUUGAAUUGCUUCCUCAAGUUUCCAUUCAAGAUGAAGAACUUUUACCUACAGAAACUAGCCAUGAAUCUCCUGGGCACUUGAAUCUCAUGAAAGAGGUCUUUCUUCAGAAAAUACAGGGGCCUACUAAAUGGAAUAAAGCAAAGGGGCAUGGGGAAAGUAUAAAAGGUAAAACAGAGAUCUCUAAAAAGACUCGCUCAAAACUGCUAAAUCAUCAUGCUUGGGAUUAUCAUUAUGCUGCACAGAUACCAAAAGAUAUGUGGAAAUCCAAAGAGAAGUCACCAGAAAUUAUAUCCAUUAAGCAAGAGGACACAAUUUUGUCUCUGAGGCCUCAUGGAAACAAUCAUUCAAUAGGGGCAAAUGAGAAACAAAAUUGGCCCAAAAGAGAAGCCACUUGGGUAAAGCAAGGCCAGGCUCCAAGGACAUGCUCUCAAAACCUACCAGUGUUGAAACGACAUCAAAGGGAACUUAGUGCUUUUCAAUCAGAACAAGAAGCAACCGACUAUGAUGCCAUCACCAUUGAAACAAAUGAGGAUUUUGACAUUUACAGUGAGGACAUAAAGUCAGGUCCCCGCAGCUUUCAACAGAAAACAAGGCACUAUUUUAUUGCAGCUGUGGAACGGCUCUGGGACUAUGGGAUGAGUACAUCUCAUGUUCUACGAAAUAGGGGUCAAAGUGGCAAUGUACCUCAGUUCAAGAAAGUAGUUUUCCAGGAAUUUACUGAUGGGUCCUUUAGUCAGCCCUUAUACCGUGGAGAAUUAAAUGAACACCUAGGGUUGUUGGGCCCAUAUAUAAGAGCAGAAGUUGAAGACAACAUUAUGGUAACUUUCAAAAACCAGGCCUCCCGUCCCUAUUCCUUCUAUUCUAGCCUCAUUUCUUAUAAGGAAGAUCAGAGAGGAGAAGAACUUAGAAGAAACUUUGUCAAGCCUAAUGAAACCAAAAUUUAUUUUUGGAAAGUACAACAUCAUAUGGCACCCACAGAAGAUGAGUUUGACUGCAAGGCCUGGGCUUAUUUCUCUGAUGUUGAUCUUGAAAGAGAUAUGCACUCAGGAUUAAUUGGACCCCUUCUGAUUUGCCACACGAACACACUGAAUCCUGCUCAUGGGAGACAAGUGUCAGUUCAGGAAUUUGCUCUGCUUUUCACUAUCUUUGAUGAGACUAAGAGCUGGUACUUCACUGAAAAUGUGGAAAGGAACUGCAAGACACCCUGCAAUUUCCAGAUGGAAGACCCCACUUUGAAAGAGAAUUAUCGCUUCCAUGCAAUCAAUGGUUAUGUAAUGGAUACCCUACCAGGCUUAGUAAUGGCUCAAGACCAAAGGAUUCGAUGGUAUCUUCUCAGCAUGGGCAACAAUGAGAACAUCCAAUCUAUUCAUUUCAGUGGACAUGUUUUUACUGUACGGAAAAAAGAGGAGUAUAAAAUGGCAGUGUACAACCUCUACCCAGGUGUUUUUGAGACACUGGAAAUGAUACCAUCCAGAGCUGGAAUUUGGCGAGUAGAAUGCCUUAUUGGCGAGCACUUACAGGCUGGGAUGAGCACUCUUUUUCUGGUGUACAGCAAGCAGUGUCAGAUUCCUCUUGGAAUGGCUUCUGGAAGCAUCCGUGAUUUCCAGAUUACAGCUUCAGGACACUAUGGACAGUGGGCCCCAAACCUGGCAAGACUUCAUUAUUCCGGAUCAAUCAAUGCCUGGAGUACCAAGGAACCCUUUUCUUGGAUCAAGGUAGAUCUGUUGGCUCCAAUGAUUAUUCAUGGCAUCAAGACUCAGGGUGCUCGUCAGAAAAUUUCCAGCCUUUAUAUCUCUCAAUAUAUCAUCAUGUAUAGCCUGGAUGGAAAGAAGUGGCUGAGUUAUCGAGGAAAUUCCACUGGAACCUUAAUGGUUUUCUUUGGCAAUGUGGAUUCAUCUGGGAUUAAGCACAAUAGUUUUAAUCCUCCAAUUAUUGCUCGAUAUAUCCGUUUGCACCCCACUCAUUCUAGCAUCCGUAGUACUCUUCGCAUGGAGUUGAUGGGCUGUGAUUUAAACAGUUGCAGCAUACCAUUGGGAAUGGAAAGUAAAGUAAUAUCAGAUACACAAAUCACUGCCUCAUCCUACUUCACCAAUAUGUUUGCUACUUGGUCUCCUUCACAAGCUCGACUUCACCUCCAGGGAAGGACUAAUGCCUGGCGACCUCAGGUAAAUGAUCCAAAAGAAUGGUUGCAAGUGGACUUACAAAAGACAAUGAAAGUCACUGGAAUAAUAACCCAGGGAGUGAAAUCUCUCUUUACCAGCAUGUUUGUGAAAGAGUUCCUUAUCUCCAGCAGUCAAGAUGGCCAUCACUGGACUCAAAUUUUAUACAAUGGCAAGGUAAAGGUUUUUCAGGGGAAUCGGGACUCAUCCACACCUAUGGUGAAUUCUCUAGACCCACCAUUACUCACUCGCUAUCUUCGAAUUCACCCCCAGAUCUGGGAGCACCAAAUUGCUCUGAGACUUGAGAUUCUAGGAUGUGAGGCCCAGCAGCAAUACUGAGGUAGCCUCUGCAUCACCUCCUUGUUUCCCUUCCUCAGCUCAAAGAUUGUCUUAACGUUUUAUUGCUGUGAAGAGACACCAUGACCAUGGUAACUCUUAUAAAAGAAAG